ACACCUGCACGGAAAAAUGGAGAGCAAAAGCCGCGCAACUACUCCUCUUGGAUGUGAUCGCAUUUAAACAAACGUAAUCUAUUUUUAAUCGCCUCAAUAUACGCUGAGCAGGUAAAUAAGAACUGUCCCAUUGAUAGGAACUGAUUCGCUGUCUCGCAUCCUCAUUGGCUGAACCGCCUGUGACAUACUCGCUUUGAACUAGGCCGCUCGCUAUAAGCUAUACUUACUCAAGUCUGCCCUAGCUAAAGACGCAUUGAUACUUUUACCUAUAUUUAACAUCAGAUGAUGCCGUCAUAAGUGUACAAAUUUAUUUCCAAGCAUACGAGUUCUUGCCUUUGCAGAGAAGUUAGCCGCAGUGAUGGUGCAGAGAGACGUUAUGAAGUUCCGUAUAUUGUGAAGUUCAAUUUUGGUUGUCAAAUACUAUACUCUCUUAAACUCGUGCAUAUCAGAUCCAUCUAGCAUUAUGACAUCAAGGAACGUGCUUUUUCAUUUGGCGUGGACGUGUCUCCUAUACUUAUCUCAUAAUGUAUACGGGACCAGGGAUUAUGUAAUUCUAGACCGGCGACAGGGUCAAUUUGUGAACACUUUGGAUAACUAUGAAAUAACAAUUCCUCUACGAGUCACAGAAGGUGGUGACGUCAUCACAAAGGACUUGCAUCCUCACUCACUACGUCAUCGAAGAAAUAGUGACCAAUUUUCAGACGCCAUACAUUACAAAUUAAAUGUAAGAGACAGUGAUUAUGUACUCAAAUUGAAGCCCAAUACAAAAUUCUUCCAUCCAUCAUUAGUCGUUGAGACAAGGAGAAACUCUUUCAACAAUGUCUCGGACUCAGUCUUCGUGAGAUACACAGGCAGCACAGAGCGGCCCUGUCACUAUACAGGAGAAAUCUUAGACAGAAGCAACAGUAAAGUCGCACUCGCUUUGUGUGACGGCUUACAUGGUUUGAUUCACACUGGUGAUACCACGUACUUUAUUGAACCAGUAAAGCGCCCUCAAAAUGUUACUGACGGCCACCCUCACAUCAUUUAUCAACACACCCCCACAGAAACCGACCAAGGUCAUGGCCAUCCAAAAUCAAAGGACGAGUGUGGAAACAACGAAAUAAAAACUCAAAAAUCCACCAGCAAACGCGAGCGGUGGGAGGUCGAACACCGGCGGCGAAGCGGGCGUCAAAGCAGACGACAGAAACGUUCUAUAUCUGUGGAACAUCACGUGGAGACGCUAGUAGUGGUCGACCCGGAAAUGACGGAGUAUUACAAAAAUGAAGACGUCACUACUUACGUUCUCACCAUAAUGAACAUGGUUUCAAAUUUAUUUCACGAUGCUUCGUUGGGAAAUGCAGUUAACAUCGUAGUUGUUCGAAUAAUUUUGCUGGAAGAUGAUCAGAAAGAUCUGACUAUAACCCACCAUGCUGACAAAUCACUGCACAGUUUUUGCAAAUGGCAGACGAGAAUCAACAUGAAGGACGAAGACCACCCCAACCAUCACGAUGUAGCCGUGCUCCUCACGAGGAAGGAUAUAUGUGCCCGGAUGAACAGGCCGUGUAACACCCUCGGACUGGCCUACACUUCUGGGCUAUGUCAGCCACACAGGACCUGCAGCAUCAACGAGGACUCUGGCCUCUCCCUGGCAUACACCAUCACUCACGAGCUUGGCCACAAUUUUGGAAUGACCCACGAUAGUCGGAGAAGUGGCUGCCACACAUCGAAAACCGACCACUUCCUGUACCUGAUGCAGAGUCAGCUGAUGGCGGUUAGUCCUCUGAUGAAGUGGUCCAACUGUAGCAAGCGCGCCAUCACAGAGUUCAUCGAUCGAGGCUGGGGGUACUGUCUGGAGGACGAGCCCGCCAAGUACCGAGACACAGAUUACGACUACCCGGUGCUGCCACCUGGUAUCAUGUAUGACGUCGACCACCAGUGCAGACUGACGUACGGACCCAACUCGUCCUUUUGUGGGGAACAGGAGGACAUUUGCACAACAUUGUGGUGUCGGUUGGAGAACAAGUGCACGACCCGGCUGGAGGCGGCUGCUGAAGGAACCAUAUGUGGUGCCCAUAAGUGGUGCUUCAAUGAGCAAUGCGUGGAGAUUGGCGAGCGGCCGGAAUCCAUAAAUGGGAACUGGGGAGAGUGGAACAGUUGGUCCACUUGUUCUAGAACUUGUGGCGCCGGGGUCUCCUCUCGCGAACGUCACUGCGAGAACCCGAGACCCGCUAAUGGAGGGAAAUAUUGCAUUGGGGAAAGAAAAAGAUACAGAAUAUGCAACACAGAGGAAUGUCCGAAGGAUACCCUGAGCUUUCAUGAGCUGCAGUGUCAAGAGUUCAACUACAUUCCAUACCAGAACGGCCUGUAUGAGUGGCAGCAUGUCCCUACCCCACAUACUCCUUGUCAAUUGCAUUGCAAACCGGAAAACAAGUUUUUCUCCGUGAUGAUGAGGGACAUUGUAAUUGAUGGGACUCCUUGUAAGGCUGGCACCAGGAAUAUGUGCAUCAGCGGCAGAUGCCGGCACAUUGGAUGCGACUGGGGAAUAGACUCUUCAGCGAAAGAAGAUAGAUGUGGCGUGUGUCAUGGUGACGGAUCGACCUGUGAAACAAUAAAAGACCAAUACAACGAAACUCAGGGAUCGGGUUACGUAGAAGCAACCGUGAUACCAAGAAAUGCACGGAACAUCCGGGUGGAGGAGGUGACAGGGGUGGAUAACUACCUGGCGCUACAGAAUGAUAAUGGCGAGUACUAUCUGAAUGGACACUGGUUUAUUCAGUGGUCUGGGGACUACAAUAUCGCGGGAACGGUCGUGAGGUACAACCGGCUUGGCAACAGGGACUCGUUCGAUGCUGUCGGCCCCAUCACAGAACCACUACACAUCAUGCUUCUGAUGCAAACCCGGAAUCCUGGCGUUGUCUUUGAGUACACGGUGCCAAAAGAAAAUGCUACAGACACAAGACCCCGCGAGUUCACAUGGACGUAUAUGGAUUGGACCCAUUGCACAUCCUCUUGUGGUUCAGGUACCCAGAGAGCAAUCGUUGUUUGUUCUGAGAAGGAGGACGGGACUGUUGAUGACGUUUACUGUAAUAAAACACACAAACCAGAUGACUUACAAAGGACCUGCAACGCACAUCUUUGUCCCGCCAGAUGGUGGACAGGACCCUGGCAACAUUGUUCCGUCACGUGUGGUACAAAUGGUCUCCAUAAAAGAACAGUAAUAUGCGUGCGCAGCCUCGGAAGUGAUGAACAGAUCGCUCUUGAAGAUAAGUCGUGCCAAGGAGAGGAGAAACCCAUCGAAGUGGAACCGUGUCAUCACAAAGAUCCAUGCCCCGGUACAGCAGAGUGGACAGUGGGAGACUGGACAACGUGUGACGCAAAUCCGUGCUCGAUGCAGACUCGUGAAAUCCAAUGUGCACAGCCAGUUGUUGGUUGUGACAAAACGCCAGUCCCCGCUAGCAGACGUCAGUGCUCCAAUAUCACGUGCGAAACGUGGCAAACUGGAAACUGGACAGAGUGUUCAAAAAGUUGUGGAUUCGGAAUCCGUUUGAGGAACGUUACCUGUCCGAAAUCAGGUACAUGUGACGAGACCAAGAGACCCGUGGACAAAGAACUCUGUAGUCCCCAAGUUUGCCCGUCCACCCCUCCCCCAGAACCCGUCAUAGACUUGAUUGACAUACCGGAAGAAACAGCGGAUACUAUAUACGAAAGACAAGAGUUCGUUGAAAAUGUUCGAGUGAUAAACGGUUUGUCAACCACCCCAGUGACUACAGCUUCAACACAAAUACCUAAAUUAAUACCCACCGACAGCGAGGGACAAAGCAGCCGGAUCGUCAGUCCCAUAGUAACAACAGAAGCAACAAAACACGGUCGUCUGCCUCUUUUUGAUAUCAAGGAGGGUGGAUCCGAUGUCUUGGUUGAUUUACCUUCAUCAUUCCAUGAAUCGAAAGUUGAUGAGAUAAUGCAUAAUAAGGACUUGCCAGAUAAACCUAUCCACUCCCCUGGAGGCACACCCAGGCCUACCCAGCACAAACACAGGCACGGUCACUCAAUGAACAGCGAGCAUCAAAAUAUACAAUCAUCAGUUCAUGUCCACCCUGAUAAACUUCACAAUAUGCCUGCUUUACCGGACAUUAAAAACCUCCACCCAUUACCGAAAUUUUCCUCAUUGCCAGACAUCAUGUCCGGCCCACGUAGGCGCAUGGGGCCUCCCAGUAUGAUCGUCCCUUCUGUGUACGAAUGGGUUCCGAAGUCAUGGAAUCCGUGUUCCAGAAAAUGUGAUGGUGGCAUUCAGACUCGAGCUGUGGGUUGUGUGGACUCUAAAUCAGGAAUAGAAACUGAGGAGCAUAAAUGUAACAUUUUGACAAAAAUGGACACAAUCCGCCCUUGCAACACCCAGCAGUGCGCGACGUGGCAAACCUCCAUGUGGAGUCAGUGUUCCGCUACCUGUGGGGAAGCCGUCCAGGUUCGUGAGGUGGUCUGUUCCGAGAACUCGGACUGUGACCCGGACCAGAAACCCCCCACCCUGCAGCCUUGCCUCCUCCCGAAAUGUUUGGCGUGGAAACACGGCCCAUGGAAUACGUGUUCUAAAACCUGUGGUAAGGGGCAACAGAUCAGGGCAGUACAGUGUAUAAACAUUACAUCGGAGACCCUAGCCUCUGACUGUGACCUGUCGGCCAAACCCACGGAGAAUCAAACCUGUAACCCCGACCCCUGCCACAGUGGUCGCUCAGGUUCGUACCUAAAUUGCAGUUCAAAUAUUUCACCAUUUUAUCAUUUUAAUGAGUUGAAUAUUUUUAUAAUAAAAUUAAUCAUUUUUUUUUCAGAAUUAAAAACAUCCACUUGUAAAAGAAACAGACUGAAUAACAGAGUUUGCCGUAAGUUGCGCCAGAGAAAUCAGUGCACACGUGUGUACGUUAGAGUCAAUUGUUGUAGGACAUGUGAAUUAAGUAAAUAUAGAAGAUGGCGGCGACCAAGGCGGCGACAGGAGUAAAGAGCGGGCGACCUGAGACGACCUCCUCUAAACUGUGACUGCUAAAUCAGCAGAGAACCUCCCAAAUAUGCGGUUCUGAAGCCUAGCAAUGUGUUCACGCACCGUGAUGGACAAAUCAACCGAGCCAGUAUUGAAGUCUUCUGAAAUCCAUACUCUUUGUUUUGUUACGUCAGAAUCAUUCCCAUAAUUCCAUAUUUUACUGGAAGUUGAUUGUUUCAUGUUUGAAUUAUUAUUUAAUUUAUAGAAUUAUUAAUGAAGUGCUUGUAGCUGAUUAUGUGUGCGCGUGUGUAUGAUCUGUAGAUGUAGCUUGUAGAUUCGACUGGUAAAGAGUCUAAAUAUAUACUCUUUAUAUACAUACUACCAUCCCUUAUACUCAGUAACCUAUAUUUGUACAUAUGUAUACAAAACUGACAAUUAUUUUACGAUGUUUAUUUAUAUUAUACAAUUAAUGUUUUGUGUAUUAAUUCUUGACGUUAUACAAUUUUAAAUGAUACUCAAUAAAUACAUAAAACAG